GUCGCCGCAGAGAUGAGGGUCCGGUUGAACGGCGGCCCGGAGAUGCUUGCAGAAAAGAGACACCUCCUCCUGGCUUGCAUUGCAUUCGAUUUGGGGGUUUUUGGCAUCUGUUAGUUUUUUGGGGAAAGGACUUUGCAUUGCAUUUGAUUGCUUGCCGAAAGGAGACACCUCCUCCUGGCUGGCAUUGCAUUCGAUUUUGGGGGUUUUUUUUUGCAUCUGUUAGUUUUUUCGGAAAGGAUUGCGUUUGGUUGCUUGCAGAAAAGAGACACCUCCUCCCGGCUUGCAUUGCAUUCGAUUUUGGGUUUUUUUUUUGCAUCUGUUAGUUUUUUCGGAAAGGAUUGCGUUUGAUUGCUUGCAGAAAAGAGACACCUCCUCCUGACUGGCAUUGCAUUCGAUUUGGGGUUUUUUGGUAUCUGUUAGUGUUUUUGGGAAAGGGCUUUGCAUUGCGAUUGAUUGCUUGCAGUAAAGGGACACCUCCUCCUGGCUGGCAUUGCAUUCAAUUUUGGUUUUUUCUUUGCAUCUGUUAGUUUUUUCGGAAAGGGGUUUGCAUUGCGUUUGAUUGCUUGCAGAAAAGAGACCCCUCCUCCUGGCUUGGAUUUGAUAGUUUUUUUUGGGGGGGGGUUAAUUUUUCCAUUUGAUUUUGUUUGUUUUUGCAUUUGUUUUUUGGAGCAAGCAUUCGGAAAGGGCUUUGCAUUGCAUUGGAUUGCUUGCAGAAAAGAGACCCCUCCUCCUGGCUUGCAUUGCAUUUGAUUGGGGGGGGGUUAGUUUUUGCAUUUGAUUUUUUUGUUGUUUUUGCAUUUGUUUUUUGGAGCAAGCAUUCGGAAAGGGCUUUGCAUUGGAUUGCUUGCAGAAAAGAGACACCCCCUCCUGGCUUGCAUUGCAUUUGAUUUUUUUUGGGGGGGGGGUUUGCAUUUGAUUUUUUGGAGGAAGCAUUCGGGAAGGGCCUUGUAUUGCAUUUGAUUGCUUGCAGAAAAGAGACCCCUCCUCCUGGCUUGCAUUGCAUUUGAUGGUUUGGGGGGGGUGGGUUAGUUUUUGCAUUUGAUUUUUUUUGUUUUUUGGAGCAAACAUUCGGAAAGGGCUUUGCAUUGCAUUGGAUUGCUUGCAGAAAAGAGACCCCUCCAACUGGCUUGCAUUGCAUUUGAUUUUGGGGGGGGGUUAGUUUUUGCAUUUGAUUUUUUUUUUGUUUUUUGGAGCAAGCCUUCGGAAAGGGCUUUGCAUUGCAUUGGAUUGCUUGCAGAAAAGAGACCCCUCCAACUGGCUUGCAUUGCAUUUGAUUUUGGGGGGGGGGUUAGUUUUUGCAUUUGAUUUUUUUUUGGUUUUUGCAUUUGUUUUUUGGAGCAAGCAUUCGGAAAGGGCUUUGCAUUGCCUUUGAUUGCUUGCAGAAGAGAGACCCCUCCUCCUGGCUUGCAUUGCAUUUGCUUUUUGGAGGGGGGGGAUUUUUGGUUUUUGCAUUUGAUUUUUUUCUUGCUGUUUUUGCAAUUGUUUUUUGGAGGAAGCAUGCAACGGGCGCUGUCCGGGCGGGUGUGCCGGGCCUUGUCCCGGGGCCGGAUGGCCUCGGCGGCGGAGUUGAGGCCCGAGGGGUCCGGGCGGGAGCGCAUCCUCACCCCAGAGUCCAUGAACCCGCAGGUGAAGGCGGUGGAAUACGCAGUCCGCGGGCCCAUCCUCCUCAAGGCCGGAGAAAUCGAGCUGGAGCUGCAGCGGGGCAUUAAAAAGCCUUUCACGGAAGUCAUCAAAGCCAACAUCGGGGAUGCACACGCCAUGGGACAACAGCCAAUCACCUUCCUCCGUCAGGUGGUGGCUCUCUGCACGUACCCAAACCUGCUGGACAGCCCGAACUUCCCCGAAGACACCAAAAAUCGAGCCCGGCGGAUCUUGCAGGGCUGUGGCGGGAACAGCUUGGGUUCUUACAGCGCAAGCCAGGGUGUCCACUGCAUCCGCGAAGAUGUCGCUUCUUACAUCGAGAGGAGAGAUGGGGGGGUUCCCGCUGACCCAGACAACAUUUACCUGACCACUGGAGCUAGCGACGGCAUCGCUACCAUCCUCAAGAUCCUCGUCUCGGGUGGGGGGAAAUCCCGGACUGGAGUGAUGAUUCCCAUCCCCCAGUACCCCCUGUACUCGGCCGUCAUCUCGGAGCUGGAUGCCGUCCAGGUGAACUAUUACCUGGACGAAGAGAACUGUUGGGCCCUGGAUGUGAACGAACUCCGGCGAGCCGUGAACGAAGCCAAGGAAUAUUGCAACCCGAAGGUCCUUUGCAUUAUCAACCCGGGAAAUCCCACAGGUCAGGUGCAAAGCAGGAAGUGCAUUGAAGACGUGAUCCACUUUGCCUGGGAAGAGAAACUUUUCCUUCUGGCCGAUGAGGUGUACCAAGAUAACGUGUACUCAGAGGACUGCCAGUUUUAUUCCUUCAAAAAGGUGCUGUACGAAAUGGGGCCCGAGUACUACAGCAAUGUGGAGCUGGCUUCUUUCCACUCAACCUCCAAAGGAUACAUGGGCGAGUGUGGCUACCGAGGAGGCUACAUGGAGGUGGUCAACCUGCACCCGGAGAUCAAAGGUCAGCUGGUUAAGCUGCUGUCGGUUCGCCUCUGCCCCCCCGUUUCGGGGCAGUUAGCCAUGGACGUUGUCGUGAACCCCCCCGUCCCCGGGGAAGAAUCUUUCGAACAGUUCAACAGGGAGAAGCAGUUUGUCUUGAGCAACCUAGCCAAGAAGGCCAAGCUGACGGAGGACCUAUUCAACCAGGUGCCUGGAAUUCACUGCAACCCUCUGCAAGGAGCCAUGUAUGCCUUCCCCCGGAUCUUCCUUCCCGCCAAAGCCGUCGAAACCGCCAAGGCUCAUAAAAUGGCCCCGGACAUGUUCUACUGCAUGAAGCUACUGGAAGAAACUGGAAUCUGUGUUGUUCCUGGCAGUGGAUUUGGCCAGCGCGAAGGCACUUAUCACUUCAGAAUGACGAUCCUCCCUCCCGUGGAGAAGCUGAAGAUCGUCUUGGAGAAGGUGAAGGUCUUUCACAUAAAAUUCCUGGAAAAGUACGCCUGAGGAGAGGGUAGGGACGACCAAUGGGAUCAUGGUUUCCCGGGAAACAGGUAUCUCCAAUGUCGGGACCCUGGACGACCACCUCCCCGGCCAUCGGUACAACGGACCUGUCCUCCCCGCACCGUUCCUCGGGGCGGUGGGCGGAGCGACAGACGGGGGUCCUGUUCGUUUUUAGUUUUGCUCUAGAAGACGUUCUUGUGCCUUGACGAGGAAGAAGACUUCUGUUCUUGACCUCCGUUCCCGAUCAGAUACGGUUGCCGCCGCCACCCGUUUUUCCGUUGGUUUACAGCGGACUGUUCUGAUGCCGUAGAGUGUGAACCUGCCGACCGAAAGGGGACCGAUGGUCUCUGGCUUCGCUUUUGAAAUUUAAAUAAAUGUUAAAAAGCAACUA